UCAAAACUAAAAAAGAAAACGAACUAAACAGCAAAUGAAUGAAACUUCAGGGUCAACUUACAACUGGUAUCAGUAUUAGGUUGAACUCGUUGAAGAUCAGGGAAGUGUAAUUAAUUUCCCGUUUUCCAACGAAUAUACAACCAUUGGGUAAUUCCACGACUUUAAAUUCAUUUUUCAUGACAAAUAUUAUGAGUAUUUGUCUUUAUAGUGUCAUUGGUUUCCCUCGGUCUUAGUUAUAGUGUGCAUUUAUCAUUUAGUUCGAAAACAACCAUGGAGGAAUUCAAUAAUAAGUUUUUGACCGAAUUGAAAGACGAGAGUUGUAAACUAAUAAAGCUGUCAAAUGACAUCAAAUUGCUGUUAAAUAACAACAAUAGAACGAUUAAAGAAGAGAAUUUGAACGAUUUGAAUGAUGUGUUGGAUAAUAAUACCUUUAGAGCCUGUGAGAAUAAAAAUGUUGUGAAUAAUCUGGAAACAGAUAAGGUUUCCCUGUUAAUGUUGUAUAAUAAUUACAAGCUACUGUUGAAAAAGUACAAUGAAUUAAACGAGGAGAAAAUGUCCUACGUUGAAGGACUGAAAGAGUAUCGUAACAAAUUAGACAAUUCAAACCAUUUGUUACAGCUACAAAGAAACAUCAUUCUGUCUUACCAGCAGUAUAACCCAUCAAGUUUCAAACAAUUGGAACUUGAACUAAAGAACAAAGAGUCUAAAUUGAAAGCUCUUGAAUCUGAAUUAAAGAACAAGGAAGAACUCUUACACUCGCUUGAGUCUGAGCUUCAAACUCGAGAAUCAACUUUGAACGACAAGGAAUCAGAACUUGCAAACAAACAAUCUGAUUUAGAAAAUAGAGAAACUACUCUUCAAUUUAAAGAAUCUGAGUUACGCACCAAGGAAUUGGAACUAAAUGAAAAAGAAUCACAAUUAAACAAUGCUCUUGCUAAUAAUAUGCCUGGUGAAUUUUCGAACACAUCUUUAACUUCACUGACAUCCGAUGAUUCAGACCUAUUUCCCUCAAAUUCCCUAGAAUCAGAACAAAGUUCCCCUAAUUCACAACUAAAUGAAUCCGCUAAAACUCUCGAUAAUACUACCAAUAUGGACAACGUCGGGACAUCCGAUGAUAAAUCUUCGGAUAAGGGACCAACUCUUGCGGCAACCAUGGACAAAUCAGACUUCGUCAACAAUGACAUAAUAAAUUCUUUGUACAUAAAAAACUUGAACAUGAACGACGAUGAUAUGUUUAAAAUAAGGAAAAGUAAACUAACUAGCAAAGUCUCAUAUAAGCCCUGCAAACUAAAUAUGAAUACCAGAAAUGAGCUGGUUUUAGACGAAAGGAACAAAUUACACCUCAAGAAUGUUCUCAAAGUAGAGUUUGGAUACAAUUCGCUGUCAUACGAGCUUUACCACAAUUCACCCAGUAAGGACAUGACCAUAUUCCCAUGGAAUUUUCUGACCAUAUACAUAAAUAAUAACAAGAAUUUACAUUUAUACAUAAACAACGAAAAUACUGUGAAAAUAUGGUAUUCAUACCUCACCUACCUGUUAUUCAAGUUCAACAAUGGCGUUGAGCAAGAUAUCGAUCGUUUGUACCAUAAUUAUCUGGUACGUAGGUUUAAAAUGAAGCUAAAAUAUCUAUGUAAAGCUAAAAACUUGACAAUCUACCAACUUUACUAUAAUUCAAUACAAAAAACAAAAUUACUGUAAACUAAUCUUUUU